AGGCCGGGUGCCUCUCUGCCGCUCUCCUUUGUGCCCUCUACCGCUCCUGUUCCCUCCAUGCUGUCCUCUGCCCCUCCUUGUGUCCUACAGAAGGUGUCGAAAUGUGCUUAGCUGUUUAACCGUUAUUAAAGUAGCGGCCAUUGACAUCUCAACGAACCAAUCCGCGCACGGCAUCUGUGACGAACCUCUGGUGGCAGCCAAUCACAUAGACGAGGGGGCGGCGACAUCUGUGACGAACCUCUGGGGACAGCCAAUCACGUAGACGAGGGGGCGGGACUAUAAACUGUGUCAGUCCAGGUGGCGAGUGGUGUUAUCCGGGCUGCGUGUUAUUUCUCAACAAAAUCCAACUUCUGCAAAGGAAUUGACGACUGCCAGAGGUGAUACAAAGCAGGAGCUCGUUGACCUCCAUCUUGGGUCGACAUCUGUCUUUUAACCGUGUUGCAUUUGACAGCCAGAGUCGUGCAAAGAGUCUGCACAGCUAACAGUAGCUACUUGUUCCUACCAGCUGCUUCAGCGCUGCAUGUGCGGCAAUAACAUGUCAGUGCCUUUACCUGCCAUUGUGCCUGCUGCCCGCAAAGCCACUGCAGCGGUGAUAUUUCUGCAUGGCCUUGGUGAUACUGGACAUGGCUGGGCUGAAGGUUUCGCAGGCAUCAGGUCACCACAUGUGAAAUACAUCUGUCCUCACGCUCCCACCAUGCCUGUGUCUUUGAACAUGAGGAUGUCCAUGCCUUCUUGGUUUGAUAUCCACGGGUUGAGCCCAGACGCAGCUGAAGAUGAGGCUGGUAUUAAAAGAGCGUCAGAGAACAUUAAAGCUUUGAUAGACCAAGAAGUGAAGAAUGGAAUACCUUCACACAGAAUUCUCCUGGGUGGAUUUUCACAGGGUGGAGCAUUGUCUCUCUACACCGCUUUGACAACUCAGCAGAAGCUAGCUGGAGUAGUCGCUCUGAGCUGUUGGCUUCCUCUCCGCAACUCCUUCCCUCAGGCAUCUGCCAACAGUGUAAACAAGGACAUGCAUGUCCUGCAAUGCCACGGAGAUGCCGACCCCCUGGUGCCCUUUAUGUUUGGCAGCCAGACAGCGGAGAAGAUGAAAAGCCUCAUCAAUCCAGCCAACAUCACCUUCAAGUCGUACCGGGGUCUACCUCACAGCGCCUGUCCAGAGGAAAUGGUGGAUGUCAAACGAUUCAUCGAGAAGCACCUUCCUCCCAUCAGCGCUGAAUGAACCUCGGGAGAAGCCGCACAACCGCACAGCGCCAUCAGGGUCCAUUUGGGCUUCAACCCAGCGGGACUCUGUGGACUCCGGGAACCACUGACUUACUUGACAAUAAAACCACGCUGCUACUUUAAAAAGCCAGACAGGACUGGUGCUUCAUGUUAACCCCGGAGAAGCGUAACCGUAAACAACAUUGACUCCUGAGCUGGAGCCGCACACGACCCUCAGUGUUAGAGUAACAGUAGUUGCUUGAUUGUAAAGCUACUUGCCAUUAAGACAAGCCAUUUCUUGCAGGAAACACAUGUAUUGGAAUAACUAGGGCUAUACUUUAUGGUUAAUUACCUACUAUCUCACAAUAAAUGGCCUGUUGUUUAAUG